GUGUGGAAACUUUGCCGGUCCGGGUGCAAAGUUUGAACUCCGUCUGCAAAACGCGGCUCGGUGAUUUUCACCCCUCCCUCUGUCACGAUUCACUCGGACAAGGCACGAGCCGUCUCGGGUUGUGUUCGGAACUGAGCGGAACCUCGUGUGACUGGGUGAAUCUGCUGUCCGGUGCCGGUUCGUGUGCUGUGUGUGUUGUCGCUGAGGAGCUCUCGCCCGCGGAGGAAACCAUGGCUUGUGAACCCAACCGCGCCCGUUUGCUGUGCAUGCUGUCGUUAACGUUCAGUUUUUUCGUGGUCGAGGUGGUAGUGAGCCAGCUCACGUCGUCGCUCGCGAUGCUCUCGGACUCUUUCCACAUGCUGUCGGACGUGAUGGCGCUGAUCGUGGCGCUGGUGGCGGUGCGUUUCUCCGAGCGCACGCAGUCCACCAAGAAGAACACGUUCGGCUGGAUCCGCGCCGAGGUGAUGGGCGCCCUCGUCAACGCCGUGUUCCUCACCGCGCUCUGCUUCACCAUCGUGCUCGAGGCUAUCGAGCGCUUCACUGAGCCGCACGAGAUCGAGAACCCGAUCGUGGUGAUCACCGUCGGGGUCGCGGGGCUCGUGGUGAACCUGCUGGGGCUGUGUCUCUUCCACGGCCACGCGCACUCACACAGCCACGGCAAGACGAGCAAGAGCGAGACGUCCACUGACUGCGGAUCUGCUGGAGAGGAGACCAACAACCUGGUCACCAAAGCUCACGGGAGGAACAGCCCGAACGGCGUGAACCCCGACAGCAGGGGAGCAGCUGAGUUAUCAACUGUGCAGCUGAACGGCGAGCUGGAUCACGAGCACGACCUUGAGCAGGAGAAUGACGAGUCCUCAGCGUCCCAGCUGAACAUGCGUGGUGUUUUCCUUCAUGUUCUGGGUGAUGCUCUUGGCUCUGUCAUCGUCGUGGUCAAUGCCAUCAUCUUUACUUUUGUAUGGCGUCCAUGUGAGCCCGGCGUUCCCUGCAACAACCCGUGCGUUGCCAACGCAGAGUGCAGUGACCACUAUCACCUUAACCGCACGCUUGUUGGUUUUGGUGAGGAAAAACUCAACAGCACGAGCACCCCGUUCUCCAUAGCCGGGCCCUGCUGGGUGCUGUACCUGGACCCAACUCUGUGCCUCAUCAUGGUUUGCAUUCUUCUGUACACGACGUACCCACUCCUGAAGGAGUCAGCGCUUAUCCUGCUGCAGACUGUCCCCAAACAGUUCGAUGUGAAUCUCCUAAGCACUCGUCUGCGCCAGAUCGAUGGUGUUCUGGCUGUGCACGAGCUCCACAUCUGGCAGCUCGCUGGGAGUCGCAUCAUCGCCACGGCACACAUCAAAUGCCGAGACCCCGCCUCUUACAUGAGUGUGGCCAAGCGUCUUAAGGCCUUCUUUCAUGAUGAAGGCAUCCACGCCACCACCAUCCAGCCUGAGUUCGUCGUGGUGAGCUCUGAGUCGCACGCCUCACUCUGUGAGCUCUCGUGCCGCACACAGUGCGCCACUAAACUCUGCUGUCAAAAUGCCAAAGCCCCCGACAACAAAAACACAGGUAUGGAGAGCGAGAGUGAAGCCGAACUCCCUGUCUCCACCACUCUAGAGGUCAUCAGUGAGUCUCUGGAAAGCGAGCCUAAAGUUCAAGUGGCUUCAAAGGACGUGGCCAUCCCCAGUGAGGUGGACUUGUCUUUAUAAGGACGAAUGAGUACAAAGAAUACAUUAAUAAAGACACCAGAAACCAUAAAUCUAUCCAAAAGGACCUGUACAGUUGACAAAUUAGAAAAUCGGAGCCAUUUGAGACAAAGAGGGAUGCACUGAUCCGAUACGGAGCAUCAGUAUGGAAAUGAUGGAUCGUACUGGAUCUGGUCUGACACCUCAUUUGAUACGUUGCUAAUUUUUAUGCUAUCAGGAGACACUGACAUUGAAAUCUUUAGUAACCACUUCAUCCUGGUCAGGGACGCAGUGGAUCCAGAACCUAAAAGGGGAUCGGUGUGUCGAUAGAGAGUGAAAUGAAACAAGAGAGCUGUCUUUCACUUCCAACCUGGAGUGACUCGACUGGAAAAAGAUUCAUAAGAGAUAUUUCCUAAUGGCUGUUUUGACAAGUGAAAUAAACUUUGCUCUUGGGUCGAAACACAUUCUACAUGAUACGUACACACUCUAAACUCUGAGCCGUCACUGCCUGAUGGCUCCUGACCUCGAAUCAGGCCUGCUGUUGCAUGUGUGCGCGUUGUGAUCGCCGUGUUUCUGAAGCGUCGUCCAAGUCUAAGCAUGUGUGUGUAUGUGUCUAUGCAAGAAGCCUCUUGGGUUUGAGAACCUGCUGUGUCGUCGUUAUUUUGUGGAUCUAGUGCAACACACGCAUGCAAAAUCCAGCUGCUGGCUCAAGUUUAAGGAUUUGUUUUAUUAUUAUAAAUACGUAUUAUUUUUCCCUUCUGGAUACAUCCAGUAUGAACAAAUAAUAAUUUGUGUUUAAUUUAUUAGUAAUGAUUUUGUUUUCCUUUUCAGAGACUUUUAUAAUAUAUUUAGAUUUGCUAAAUUGUUUAAAAAAAAAAAAAGGACGUGAGCCUCUUUUUAAAAGAAACUGUACUGUAAGGUAGAUUAUUUUUACGACUAUUUGAAACUGAAACUGUGCUGCUGAGACUUGUUAUAUUUCUGACAGAUUAAUGCGGUUUGAGCACCGUUUCAGCAAACCUUUAAUGCUGAAAUGCAUUUUGGAAUCUUUGUUCCCUAAUUUAUGGGAAAUGCUGAUGCUUCAUGAGUCGUGAUGUUCUUGUCACCUGAGCGUGACUUGUAAGCAUGUGUUGAAGCAUUAAAAGCAGUGUUGAACAAUGCUGGACGGUUCAGAACAAUGAUGAGGAACAUUUGGCUCAAGUUUCUUAAACUUUCGUACCUGCAAUUCUUGCAUGACCAAACAUCAAUAGUGUAGGUAAUAUUAACACUAUGUGGCUGUGUUUCGGAACUGGUUUUAAGGCGCCCUCACUGACUUUCCCUUGACUGAAUCCUUGCUGCUAUCUUAAGUGCUGUUGCAUCAGUCUACCGGCUGAAGUGAAGUGUCAGAGUCUGCAUCACUGAAGUAGAAAUUACCUAGUCUGAUCACUUUUUUGUGUCUUCUGAUUCUGCUGAAAAUUGUACAACCCCGAUUCCAAAAAAGUUGGGACAAAGUACAAAUUGUAAAUAAAAACGGAAUGCAAUGAUGUGGAAGUUUCAAAAUUCCGUAUUUUAUUCGGAAUAGAACAUAGAUGACAUAUCAAAUGUUUAAACUGAGAAAAUGUAUCAUUUAAAGAGAAAAAUUAGGUGAUUUUUAAAUUUCAUGACAACACCACAUCUCAAAAAAGGUGGGACAAGGCCAUGUUUCCCACUGUGAGACAUCCCCUUUUCUCUUUACAACUGUCUGUAAACGUCUGGGGACUGAGGAGACAAGUUGCUCAAGUUUAGGGAUAGGAAUGUUAACCUAUUCUUGUCUAAUGUAGGAUUCUAGUUGCUCAACUGUCUUAGGUCUUUUUUGUCGUAUCUUCCGUUUUAUGAUGCGCCAAAUGUUUUCUAUGGGUGAAAGAUCUGGACUGCAGGCUGGCCAGUUCAGUACCCGGACCCUUCUUCUACGCAGCCAUGAUGCUGUAAUUGACGCAGAAUGUGGUUUGGCAUUGUCACGUUGGAAAAUGCAAGGUCUUCCCUGAAAGAGACGUCGUCUGGAUGGGAGCAUAUGUUGCUCUAGAACCUGGAUAUACCUUUCAGCAUUGAUGGUGUCUUUCCAGAUGUGUAAGCUGCCCAUGCCACACGCACUAAUGCAACUCCAUACCAUCCGAGAUGCAGGCUUCUGAACUGAGCGCUGAUAACAACUCGGGUCGUCCUUCUCCUCUUUAGUCCGAAUGACACGGCGUCCCUGAUUUCCAUAAAGAACUUCAAAUUUUGAUUCGUCUGACCACAGAACAGUUUUCCACUUUGCCACAGUCCAUUUUAAAUGAGCCUUGGCCUGGAGAAGACGUCUGCGCUUCUGGAUCAUGUUUAGAUACGGCUUCUUCUUUGAAAUAUAGAGUUUUAGCUGGCAACGGCGGACGGCACGGUGAAUUGUGUUCACAGAUAAUGUUCUCUGGAAAUAUUCCUGAGCCCAUUUUGUGAUUUCCAAUACAGAAGCAUGCCUGUAUGUGAUGCAGUGCCGUCUAAGGGCCCGAAGAUCACGGGCACCCAGUAUGGUUUUCCGGCCUUGACCCUUACGCACAGAGAUUCUUCCAGAUUCUCUGAAUCUUUUGAUGAUAUUAUGCACUGUAGAUGAUGAUGUGUUCAAACUCUUUGCAAUUUUACACUGUCGAACUCCUUUCUGAUAUUGCUCCACUAUUUGUCGGCGCAGAAUUAGGGGGAUUGGUGAUCCUCUUCCCAUCUUUACUUCUGAGAGCCGCUGCCACUCCAAGAUGCUCUUUUU